AUGAAACAAGCUUUUUAUAUAACUUUAUUAUUGAUAUUUGCAACACAUAGUUUGGCAGCUGAUCCAGUUCCAGCUGCAGCAAAUACGCAAACAACUGGGACCACUAAUACCCUUGCUGGAGGGGUAGCUAAUACACCUGUUGGAGCUGUAGCUAAUACUGCAACUACAAAUACUCCUGCUGCAGGUGUAGCUAAUACAGCAACUACAAAUACUCCUGCUGCAGGUGUAGCUAAUACUGCGACUACAAAUACCAUCGCUGGAGGUGCUGCCACUACAACGCCUGCAACUACUUUACCAGCAGCUGGUGCAACAACUCAAACAACAGGUACAGGUACUACGACAACGCCUACAACGAUCCCACCAGCUGCCGGUGCAACUACUCAAACUACAGGUACAACAGGUACAACAGGUAAGACUGGUACAACUGGCACUACUGGUACAACUGGUACAACUGGUACUACUAAGACAACUCCUACAACAACAUUACCAGCUGGUGCCACGACUCAAACAAUAGGUACUUCUACAACAGGUACAGGUACUGGUACUGGUACUGUGAAUCCUGAUAACACAUCCACAAUGAAUCCAGACCAAUUGAUUGCAUGGAAAGCCACUCAUACAUUGACUCAAAAAACAGGAACGGGUACUGGUACAUUAACUGGUACUGCCAAAACAUCCACAGGUACAGGUACAGCAGAAACCGAUGCUGAAACGGAUCUAACUGAAGCUCCACCAGCCAACACAGUAGCACCAGCUGCUCAAGAUCAAUUUCCAUCAACUCUUUCUGCUGUCACUACAAGAAUAAUGAGACUGACUUCUGAACCAGCUAAUAAUGAUGCUCAAACUAGUGGAGGAAGUGUUUCCAGCCAAUCCAAAGCUGGUGCAAUUAGUAAGCUAAACUAUCUUUUUCAACAUUUUUAUUUUGAAGUUGAAGCUUCUAAUUUUCCAUUAUCAACAAUAAUGCCAUCAGAUGAAAAUUUCGAUGAAUCAAAUUGCUAUAUAAUUGAAUAUGGUUGGUUCAAAUGUCAUAUUGAUAAACCAAGUUUACCAAGAGGUAUUAUUGUUAUUAGUUCAGGGAUAUUGACUGCUUAUUUGAUUCAAUGGUACAAAGACUACUAUUGCAUAGGGUAG